AUGGGCAAGAAACGAGUGUUGGUCGGUUAUGGUGUCGAUGUGGAUGCCGUGUCAGGCUGGAUAAACACUCAAGACGGCAGUGCCCAAAACAGCACCAAUGUCUCUCGAGGCAUAUUCGGAGCAACCGUUGGGGUGGACAGACUGCUCAAGCUAUUCGACAAACACAACAUAAAAGCAACAUUCUUUACACCGGCUCACACAAUCGAGUCCUUUCCAAAGCAAAUGACCAAAGUCAAAGAUGCAGGACAUGAAAUUGGUCUACACGGCUACACUCACGAACACAUCUGCAACCUCUCGGCCUCCCAGCAAAGAGACGUCCUCGCCAAGUCCAUCGAGGUCAUAACCAAUUUCACCGGCAAAAAGCCCCAAGGCUAUACAGCGCCAGCCUGGGCUACAAGCAAAGAACUGGUUCCUCUGCUGGAAGAGUUCGGCGUCAUAUAUGACCAUUCAUUCAUGCACCACGAUUUGCAACCAUAUUUCGCGCCAGACGCAAGUCAUGAAUGGAUUGAAACCGAUAACAAAAAGGAGGCAGAGACAUGGAUGAAGCCAAUGACCAAGAUUCGACCCAGUAAAAUCGUCGAAAUUCCUGCGAAUUGGCAUUUGGAUGACUGGCCACCACUGCAGCCAAUGCCGGGAAGAGCUGGCACACACGGCUUUGUCAGUACCCACGAAGUCGAGAGGUUAUGGCUCGAGCAAUUUGACUACGCGUACGAGACCUAUGACAGCUUCAUCUUUCCCAUGUCGAUUCAUCCACAAGUCAGUGGCAAGCCUCAGGUCAUCAAGAUGCAUGAACGCAUCAUCGAAUAUAUCAACAAGUAUGAAGGGGUCGAAUGGAUGCCUUUUGGCGACAUGGCAAGAGAGUUCCUCGAAGGUCGAAUCGAAGGGGUUGAGAUCGAAGGAGGAGCGGAAGUUCAGGAGAGACCGACUUAG